AUGGGAACAUGGCCAUUGUGCCAGGUGCCGCUUGGGGUGGAUCCACUGUUUGGCUACAACACACAGCAGAAUCCACUCUUCACCACGCCCGCACUGUAUAAUCUCAAUAGUAGGCUCUUGAGACUAACAGUUCGGACAGGCCAGUCUUUGCUAGCCGGCAGGGAUACUGAGGUGACCAUCUGCUGCAUGAGGCUGCCAACAGCCUCUCCACAGGACUUCCCCGGUUACACACUCUCCGGGCCUACAUCCCUGGACACUCUGACUUCCGUCAUGGAGGAGCCAAUUCUGAACUCGCCGGAGAUCGACCCUGGCCUGCAAUGGGAGUUCUUGCGAGCCAGCAGCUCAGUCGAACGUGCCCGCAUUAUCCUGUCCAUGCCCAGCGUUCAGCGAGUGAACAAUGUGAGCGGUGAAGUCAACUUCAACACUGCGAACAGUGUAGAUGGAGCGGACUGGAUGUUUUUCGAAAGCUCUGCGCUGUGGGAUGCCAUGACGGGAAGGAUGACCUUCUUCCUCAGAGAGGGAAAGGUGCUCGAUGGAGGCCGCCAGGUCACUUUGUCAACGGAGCCUGGUGAGUUCCAGCUUCCCAUCGAGCUGGAAGCUGACAGUCCAACGCUGACGGUGUCUGCACGAUCCUUCGAUAACAUUGACGAGGUGGUGCGUGAGACCCCUGUCACACAAUCAAGCGCAGUGCCCCACGUCCGCAACUUCACAUACACCAAGCUUGCAUACACCAACAACAUGCCCAACCAAAUGAGCAACGUCAUGUUCCACUUCUCCAGCAACAGGCCUCUGUUUGCCGGCUCCGUCAUUUAUUUACGCUUGUCGGGUUUCACCUCCCAGCGGGUGCAAGUGCCCCUGAAAGGGAUCACGAAGGCAAACUUCAGGGAGGAGAGCGCCGUUUUCAACAUCCCAGAAAACAUCAUCGAGCUGCAUGUCAUUAGGACCCUCUACUCGGAUGAGUACGUGGUGCAGAUCGAAUUGACAGAGUUGAUUCUGCCACCAGCUCUGUAUGUGAAUGACACUUCGCUGCUGGUCUGGAACUCUGACCCAGGGGCUCCUCAGCAGCCGGUGGACGACUCACCAAUGGUUGGGAUGGGGGACAAGACCUUCAAGCGCUCGCAGCUAGGCUUCGAGCCGGCCGAGCCCAGGUUAGCUGCAAACGUCAGCUUCACCCUUGAGCCCACCAUCGUGUUCUACCAGGGGGACAGCAUUGUCAUUCACAUGUAUGGCUUUGCGUGCACCUUGACCUCGAUUCCGCUUCUGGGCCCCGAUGCGUUUCGAAUUCAGAAUCAAGCGGCCUCAUGGACCCAGCAGGACAGCAUGUUGGAGUUCACCGUCGCAGAGAACGAGAUCAUAAGCAACGCAAUGCCCUUCAGGGUAUCUAUUGGCAGAGACAGCGUGUUCCGCCUUCCAGACAAGCUCAGUGAGAAUGACGGUAUCCUGCGCAUCGAGGGAAGGGGUGCGCUGAUUGACUUGGAGCCGAUCAAGAAGAUUCCUAAAGUCGGAGAUGACAAGUUUGUGAUUGAGUCCAUUGUGGAGUUCGAGCCCGAGGACUCGUCGGUCAAUGCCUUCACGAGAAUCAGCUUCUCCCUGGUCUUGAACACGGAUGUGCUUCCAAACUCGACAAUGUACAUCAAACUUGGCGGGUUGGUACGAGAUCCUGGGAGGACCAACUUGAUCGGUGUGCAGGGAGAUGCACGUUCAGGCACCGUCAAAAUCUCUGGUGCCAAUGGUCCACUCUUCCGCGGGGAGGUUGGGUAUUGGGACCAGAAUGAAGUGCUCUUGACAGUGCAGAUGAUCUCCACCGUGCAGAUCUUUGCAGGCGUAAGGUGCUCAGAUCAGGAGCGGGUGCGCUUCUUCAUCGAGCGCGAUCAGGACUUCAAGCUGCCGUACUCGGCCUACCAGAGUGAUCCGUCCUUCAGACUGGCAGUGCCAGAGGCCGGCAUCCCUGAGCGGCCCUUCCAGUUCUCCACCCGCGUGAGCCAGGAGGGGAAGCUCUUUAUCGUGUCCGAGAUCUUCUACGGGUCUCGAGGUGCAGUGGCGUACCCGAACACCGUGGUGGAAUUCAAUUUCUGGUUCCGGCCAAAUGUCAACCUCCCUGCCGGCACAACCGUUCGCUUGAAGCUUCCAGGCUUCACUUGUCCCUUCACAGAGGUCACAAUUGGAACGCAGGAGGUCCCAGUCUCCAACGCGUACGACUUAAGUGACUUCAUCCGCAUUGGCAUUUGGGACCAGAUGGCUGAGACCUUUGACCUCGUGGUGCCCAUCGGGCAGCAGAUCUACCGGCAACAGCCCACAGUGCUGCGGAUCAUGGAGUCAAGCGGCUUCCGGCUACCCAGCACGCCCCUACUGCCGAACGACCCGUCGCUGACCAUCCGGGCGCUCGGGCCGGGCUCUCACUGA